AUGUUAUGCAAAGCCCUACUUAGUGGCAUUCCAUCGGCCAAAGAGAUAACUGAGUGUAUAUCGUCCAAAUGUGAUAAAUCAGAAAGAAAUAUUAUGUAUCUAACAUACAAAAUGGGUAAGGAAGGCCGUCUGGAUGAAUUACAAACGUUUUUGGAUGAACGAAUUGAAACAGACUUCAUAAAUUGUGCACAAAUUUUCUGUGAUAAUAUGAAGUCAGUUAAAACCAUUAUUUCAAAAAAUGAGUUUAUUUAUUGA